AUGGAGCUUACAAUGGAAAACAUUGGAAAUCUGCACGGCGUGCCUCACUCCCAUCAAACGAACGACUUAAUGAACUCCCCGCACGCGCGCCAGUCGUCGCAUCGGAACUUGGUGUCGCACGGACGGUCAGCCAUGGUGUCCAGCAUGGCCUCGAUACUGGAGGGAGCAGGGGACUACCGCACGGACCACGCUUUGUCUGGCCCCCUGCAUCCGGCCAUGACCAUGUCGUGCGACUCCGGGAUGAGCCUGAGCAGCACCUACACCACGCUGACGCCGCUGCAGCACCUGCCCCCAAUAUCCACCGUAUCGGAGAAAUUUCACCAUCCGCACCCGCACGCUCACGCUCACCAUCAUCCGGCGCACCAGCGACUCGCGGCCGGGAACGUCAGCGGCAGCUUCACCCUGAUGAGGGACGACCGGAGCCUCGCCUCCAUGAGUAACCUCUACGGCCACUACCCCAAAGAUAUGUCCGGCAUGGGGCAGCCUCUGUCCCCGCUGUCCAAUGGUCUCGGGUCUUUGCACAACUCCCAGCAGUCUCUCAGCGCCUACGGUCCUGGAGCUCACCUCUCCAACGACAAGAUGAUCUCCUCGGGGGGUUUCGAGUCCCACGCAGCCAUGCUGUCCCGGGGCGAGGAGCACCUGGCACGGGGUCUCGGGGGCCACGGGGCCGGACUCAUGACAUCCUUGAACGGCAUGCACCAUCACAGCCAUCCGCACUCUCAGGCAAACGGGUCCAUGCUGUCAGAUCGGGACAGGCAGACGGUGGUGGGAGGCGGGCAGGGAGGUGGGUCAGGGCAGGUGGAGGAGAUAAACACCAAGGAGGUGGCACAGCGAAUAACCGCGGAGCUCAAGCGCUACAGCAUCCCCCAGGCCAUCUUUGCUCAGAGGAUCUUGUGCCGGUCCCAGGGAACUCUGUCUGACCUGCUGCGGAAUCCUAAACCGUGGAGUAAACUCAAGUCUGGCCGGGAGACGUUCAGGAGGAUGUGGAAGUGGCUCCAGGAGCCCGAGUUCCAGCGGAUGUCGGCGCUCAGGCUUGCAGCCUGCAAGCGCAAAGAACAGGAGCAACACAAGGACCGCAACACGGCGCCCAAGAAACAGCGUCUGGUCUUCACCGACCUGCAGCGCCGCACUCUCAUCGCCAUCUUCAAGGAGAACAAGCGUCCAUCCAAGGAAAUGCAGAUCACCAUCUCCCAGCAGCUCGGCCUGGAGCUCAGCACCGUCAGCAACUUCUUUAUGAAUGCGCGCCGGCGCUGCGUGGACCGCUGGCACGACGACCACGGCGCCAGCCCCGGGCAGCCGGGCACAUCCGCCACCACCUUCUCCAAGGCCUGA